AUGAAUAUCACGUGUGGCCGUCAUCCUGGACAUAAAGAAGCUAACAUGUAUCCCCUUUCAGUAAGAUCCACCAACAACAACCGUUCAGCACAGAAUUAUGUGUCUAGUCAACCAUAUUUCAAUUAUGUGGCAUAUCAUCAAGUGCCCACCAUGGAUAAUCAAGGGCAAUCCUCUGGAGUAUGGGGGUCUCAGUAUGGGUCACCAAGGGAUGAUUGGAAUACUUAUGGCGCUGGCACUUCAGGAGUUGUACAAUCAUCUGAGUUAUCACCGAACCAAUUUAAUUACAAUUCAUCUGGCUAUAAUUCUCCUCAUCCUUCUGGAUCUGGAAUUUUACACACAACUGACAUGAGUCACACAAUUUCCAUGUCACCUAACAAUCAAAGCCAAAAUUCUUAUGAAUGGAUGGGAAAAACUAUGCAAUCCACUUCUACAGGAAAAACAAGGACAAAGGAAAAAUAUCGCGUGGUCUACACUGAUCAUCAAAGACUGGAGCUGGAGAAGGAAUUUCAUUAUAGCAGAUAUAUAACGAUUAGAAGAAAAACUGAAUUAGCUACAAACUUGCAACUAUCUGAAAGACAGAUAAAAAUCUGGUUCCAGAACCGCAGAGCAAAGGAAAGGAAGCUCUUCAAGAAGAAGAUGAAUCAAUUUGAUGGUACAGGCUCUGUGCAGAGCGAUUCCAGUUCAGCAAGUCCCAUCCCUAUCUGUGACUCUGUGGUGCAAAAUGAGACGCAAGGCUCAUUGUACCACCCACCACCACAUGCACUCAAUGGCCUACAGCACAACGGCAUUAUACAGCAAGUUACUGUUUAG